GUUCUUGGUGUUUUGUCUUCUUCGUCGUUGUCAACUAAAGGAUGUGAUCGUCGUUCUAUUGCUGUGCUAGGUCUUUUAUUUCGUUGUGGGAGACAUGGCGCUCGACGACGGUCUCCCCUCGCGCAAGGAGCUCCGAUUCGCUGUCAAUGGCAAGCUCGUCGUCGUCCGGGACGCUGAUCCGCGCGCCAGCCUCGGGGAUUUCCUCCGCGAUAAUCUGCUGCUGCGAGGUUUGAAGAUGCCGUGCCGGCAAGGGGGAUGCGGCGCUUGCACCGUCGUGAUUUCCUCGCCUAGAUCGAGCGAUGGGGUGCUGCUGCGGCACAGGCCGGUAAAUUCGUGCCUCCGGACGCUCUGCUCGGUGGAUGGGAUGCUCGUCACGACUGUGGAGGGGAUUGGGAGCUGCAAGGGUGGAUUGCAUCGCGUCCAGCAAGCGCUCGUCAAGCACAAUGGCUCGCAGUGUGGAUUUUGCACGCCUGGCUGGGUGAUGAAUAUGUAUGGCUUGCUGCUUGAAACUCCAAAUCCUCUGCCGCAGCAAGUGGAAGAUCAGCUAGAUGGAAAUCUUUGCAGGUGUACUGGAUAUCGUCCCAUUUUGGAUGCUUUCCAGUCUCUCGCGUGUUCUUCCGGAGAUGGAUGCAGCGCAGGAGACAUCGAAGAAGUACCAACGUGUAAGAACUUGGCUUCGCUUCGCCAAGACGACGAGCUCGAGAUCAGCAAGGGUGGAGUGACGUGGUUCCGAGUCUCGUCCUUGACAUCGCUGUACAAGGUUCUCAGGAGCAAUGCCGUUCACGACGUGCAACUCGUUUGUGGGAACACGUCGAGUGGAGUUUAUCCUCGACAGUUCAAGAGCGUUGUUGUGGACAUCAGCUGCAUUGACGAGAUGCGGCGUGUUAGUAUCGACAGUCGUGGCAUCCGGCUCGGUGGCGCAGCUUCGUUGAGCGACAUGGAAGCAGUGCUGAAUUCGAAGAAAGAAGUUUCUUCGAGCUAUCGGUCGCUCUUGCAACACGUGAAACGGAUCGCUACACAUCAAGUUCGAAACAUGGGAACUGUUGCUGGAAAUCUCAUGAUGACGUAUCAAAAUCUGGGCUUCGUAUCGGACGUAGCAGUCCUACUUUUUGCCGCUGAAGCAAUUUUGACGAUCGCUCUCUCCGAUGCAGUUCGGAAAGAUUUGACCAUCGAAGACUUUUUCAAGCUCCCGAGCGUGGACGAGAUUGUCAUUGUGGAAAUUUUUCUUCCUUUGCUACCAGAGAGUGUACGAUUUCUCACCUAUAAAGUUGCUCUCCGGCGAGUGAACUCUCAUGCUCUACUGAACGCUGCAUUCAGGUUCGACGUCAACAGUAGCAAAGGCUUGAUUCAAAGCGCUCCAGUCAUUGUUUAUGGAGGAGUUGGUCAUUUCCCUGUCCGAGCUAAAAAUGCAGAAGCUUUUUUGUGGGGAAAAUCUUUCACGGAUCCCCAGGUUUGCGACAGUGCUCUCGAAAUACUCCAGAAAGAGAUUGUUAUGGAUCCUUCUUAUGGAAACACAAGUUAUCGCACAUCUUUAGUGGCAGCAUAUUUCUACAAAGCGAUAUUGUCUUUGUGGCCUAAGGAUCGCGUUCCCAGCACGUUGCAGUCGUCAAUCUCAGAGUUCUCCUGGCCAAUUACGUCUGGAACAAAAAGCUUUGAUAAGGGCGACCCCUCACAAUAUCCUGUCUCCAAACCUCUGCCUAAGUUAUCUGCAAUGUCACAGGCUUCAGGAGAACUGAAAUAUGUGAAUGAUUUCAACUUUGGGAACGAAUUAUAUGCAACAUAUGUAAUUUCUACGGUUGGAAAUGCAAAAAUAAAAAGCAUAGAUCCUGCGAGAGCACUCGCAGAAAACGGAGUGGUAACAUUUAUCUCAGCUGCAACUUUAGCGGGUGCUGGAUACAACAACAAAGUGAAUGAAUUCGAAGAAGUGUUUGCUACAAGCGACAUUCUUUACUGUGGCCAAGCAGUGGGACUUGUUGUUGCGAAGUCGAAGAGAGUGGCGGAUUAUGCUGCGACAUUAGUUGACGUGCAGUAUAUGGAUAUCAAGAAACCAAUUAUUACAAUAGAAGAUGCUGUUUCUGCCAAUUCUUUCUUUCAUAACAAGGACAGAGAACUUGAAUUUCAACAAGGAUCCGUGACGGAGGCAUUUAGUGAUUCGGAGGCAAUUCUAAUAGAGGGCCAGGUCAGCGUUGGCAAUCAGUACCAUUUCCAUUUGGAGACCCAACAAGCAGUAUGCGUACCGUCAGAGGAUGGUUUCAUUGAAGUGUACUCGUCCACUCAAAAUCCCUCGAAGGUCCAAAGCUGCGUCAGUGCUGGACUCAAUCGACCUCAACACAAAAUUACGGUAUCUGUCAAGAGAAUUGGAGGAGCAUAUGGGGCGAAAAUCAACCGGUCAUUGUUAAUUGCAAUGGCUUGUGCGUUUGCGGCAGACUUGCUCAAGAGGCCCGUACGACUUGUUCUGGAUCUUAGCACCAACAUGCAGCUUGUAGGUGGUCGCAGUCCUUACUUUUGCAAAUACAAGAUCUCUGCAAGAAAAAAUGGUCAAAUCACUGGCGUGAAAAUGGAUAUUAUCAACAAUCAUGGAGCUCACUUCGAUUUUGAGUAUCCAACUGGUUCCACGCUACCAAAUUUUAUAGAUGGCGCUUACAAAAUUCCGAACUGGGAUCUAAAGACGAAAAUUGCACGGACAAAUACACCAGCUUGCACAUAUAUGCGUGGCCCAGUUUUCGUUGAGACCACCACUAUGAUUGAAACGGCAUUAGAUCAUGUUGCAUUUACUCUAGGCCUUGCUCGUGAUCAAGUUCGCGAAAUUAACAUGUACGAGAAAGGCGACGUUUCUUUGAACGGGCAACGGCUUAACUAUUGCAAUGCAAAGUUAGUGUUUGACGCUAUCAAGGAGUCAAGUAACUAUUUAAUCCGUUCGAAGCAAGUGGACGAAUAUAAUUCGAGCAACCUUUGGAGGAAGCGUGGAAUAUCAAUUGUCCCUGUGAAGUUCAUCGCAGAGUGGCAUGGCCUCCAGCAUCUUGCUCUAAUCAAUGUGCAUCCGGAUGGAAGCAUCAGCAUCCAUCACUCUGGAUGCGAGAUGGGACAGGGCCUUGACGUGAAGGUUGCUCAGGUAGCAGCUAUGACCCUUGGAUCUCUGCAAGUAGAUGUCUCCAUGGAAGAUAUUGCUGUGCACACAACUACAACCACCGUCGCCAACAACGUCGCGGAAAGUGGUGGCUCCGUAGCUUCAGAGUUAUGCGCAAAGGCCGUGCAUGAUGGAUGCACUCAACUCGUCGACCGUCUUCGUGGAGUGAAGACCAUGUUGGUCUCGGGAUCAAAGAGUUGCUCCUGGAAGGAUCUCAUCAGCGCUGCAGUGAGCUCUGGAGUUGACCUUCAAGCCCGCGGCCGCGUGUAUCCCGCUGCCGCUGAAGACGGUCCUUCCCAAUACACGUCGUUCGGAGCCGGCGUCACAGAAGUGGAAGUUGACAUUCUGACGGGAGAAACAUUCGUGAUCCGUGCGGAUGUCUUACUCGAUUGCGGGAAAAGCUUGAAUCCGGCCGUUGACAUUGGCCAGGUUCAAGGCGCUUUUAUUCAAGGACUCGGCUACUUCCUUACAGAAGAAUUCCACUAUGAUCCUUCCACGGGCAAGCUUCUAACUGAUGGAACUUGGGAGUAUAAGCCACCAUUUGCCAGGGACAUUCCAUACGAAUUCAACACCGCUCUCCUCCCUAACAGUGAAAAUCCUUCCGGCUUCCUUCGCUCAAAGUUCUCUGGAGAACCUCCUUAUGGCACGGCUUGCAGUGCCUUGCUAGCAGUGUCGCAAGCUCUCGCAGCCGCCAGAUCGCAGUGGAAUGGCGGCAAUGGAUGGUCUCCUCUCAGCUCUCCAGCAACGCCACAAAACGUAGCCCUCGCGGCUGAGUUUCCACUCUCGUCAGUGAGCUUUCGAGAGCUCUUUUCAAUGAAUAAAUGAAGAACCCUAAAAACAGGGGAAGGCUUUUAUUUUAGGGUUUAUGCUUGGGGGAGAAGAAUGCUCGCGGCGAUUCCAUCCAGGAUCGUCAAUCCAGGUGAAAAUGCAGCGUGUCGCGGGCGCUAGCGCCGUGCCGCGCUCGCAAUUAUCAAUCAAAGAGCGCGCGAGUCGCGACAUUCUUCUUCUGGGAGUCGCGAUCCACAGGGACGAGAGGAUAGAUUUCUCACAUCUAUUCGCAAGCUCCCCGUGUUAAACACACUCUCGGGAGAAAAACAAAGGGGCAGGGAAAGAAAAUAUCAGCGCAACUUUACUAUAGUACAUAGCAGGAAAAUGGCCGGGUCGACUCUCACACGUCGAUCACUGUGCCUUGACUCGCUGUUGCAGUAGAUACUUUUCAACGUACAGCUUCCUGGAAAACAAAGAAGCGUUUUGGAAGAUCUGUUCGGCUAGAUUUUGUGCAAGUUUGGGUUACCUGGCUGCACUGUCGUCUGAUCGCUGGUGCUGUGUUCUUACAGGAUUUUCCGUGAACAGCAGCAGUGCCUGGAGAGAAGAAGAAGAACGAGAAACGAGAAACGAUCAGCCAGUGAACCUGUGGUACAUGCCGGGAGGGAGAACAACGAGGUCGCCUUUCUGGACGUAAAAGCGGAUCCAUUUGUCGUCGUAAUCUCUGAUAUCCCAAGCUUUGUACCGCUGCCAUCGAGAAUGAGACGGCUCUCCUCCUGGGAGUGCAUGUGUUCCUUGAAGAAACCUUUCACUCUGGCGUCGAAGUCGACCAUCGCUUCUCGAGAAACCGUUAUGACUUCCUGCAACGAGAUUGUCAAACAUUGAUGGAUCGAAAGGAAAAAGCAAGUAGAGAACGAUGGCGGCGUGGCUACGUACGGAGUAUUUGUAGCCGCGGUCGCUCCUUAUGUUCUUCAGCUCGGUGUCGGACUCCCAAUUAUCAACAUCUAGCUUCCAGAUAUGCUACUUUCAAGACUACCAUGCACAUGAGAGAGAGGGAUGGCGCGGUUUGGAUGAUACUUGUGAGCAAGCUUUUCGUUUUCGUCGGUGCUGUUGUACUCCCAGGCUUGAAUCUCCGACUAAACAAUCCCCCAGACAAGAGUCAGCUGCAAUUCGAAGAAGAGAAGAGCAGGAGCAGAAAUAUAUUUUGAAGAUCGUGGAGGGGAAGCAGCAGAUCGAGACAAAGGUGGAGUGACAAGUCGGAGGAGCUUAAACAGUGGUGCGGCCUAGUUGACUUGCUCGAGAUGGCUUUAACCUCGGCCAGGAACACAAGAAAAGCUCAAGAGGAAGGGGAAGACCGGUGACUGGUCCAGUGGGGGCCCCAAGGACGAGCAUAAGAUAACACUUCGCACCAGUGCUGCUAUGACUAGUCCUAGCCGCAAUGCUGGGAUUUAAAUGCGGGAACGAGCAAAGCACAGUAGCUACCAGCAGCGGCAGCAGAAAGAGAAAGAAAAGCAACAUCUAUGGUCCGGUCGCGAGCAGGAGUAGUUUGCUCUUCGCUGAUUCCGAGGAAAGUUAUGGAAACAGGAAUGGAAGUGAUGGAGACGGACGGAAAGAAGACGGGAAAAAAAGUAAAAACAAAACGAAGCAGAGUGGGGGUGACUUUAAAACUCGCGACGAAUCGAAGGAGGCUGAAGAGAGGAAAGCAAAACCGACAUGCAAGCUUAAGUUUCGACGUAGAAAAGGGGAGUAGUGGCUGCUGCCGGUGCGGGUGCUGCUUCACGUCAGGCAACUGAUAUAACGGAAAAACGAACAGAAUUGGAGCAAAUGGCUGGAAGAAAACAAAGAGCUGAAAAUGGAGGACAAGAGAUCAGGUUGGAGCGAGACGGUGCGAGCGAGUAGCAUGGCGUCACGUGGGUGGAUUCAAUGGCCUCGCUGCAUGCACAUUAAAUGCUCGCCAACACGCUGCUGCUGCUGCAACUUGGAUCGAUCGGCUGUUUGGUGGUGAGAGAGAGCUUUCCUUCUCGGACAUGCUACAAACCAUCAGGACAAGGGAGAGCUUCUUUUUCCCAGAGGGAGACUACUAUAGCACUAUCAGUUCAAGUAAAACGGAGCCGUCGCAAAACGUCGCAGGAUCUAGCGGGGUACUGGGAGUCGGCUGCCAGUUUCUACGAUGCUACGCGAUGUGAUUGUACGAGAAUCACGCUUGACAAGAUCUGCGCAAACGAGAAGAGCAGGCGAUUGAUUUUCCAAGCCUGAAACUCCGAGAGAAACAGCAUGAGAAAGUCUAUGUUGUCCCCCAUGUGAGAUUAGCAUGUGGAACCGAGCGCUCACAUGUUUGUGCUCGGCUUUCUAGGCCGGUUAUAUUCUUUGGAUCGGCAUUGGGUGGCACGUAUACGAGCGACGAUUCGGCUUACGUACGGAUCUGGUGCUUAAGUACACGAAACUAAGGAAAGAUUCUACGACGGAGUCGAAGUU